AAAAAAAAUCAAAAUAGUCACAAGAGUCACAACAUUUCGUUCACUUGCUGUGUUGGUUGGGUCCUUCGAUUCGAAAGAUAGAAAUGGAAACUCACGCUCCCUAAAUUCCUGCAUACACCUCACCUCCUCCUCCCGCCAAUUCCCACCCCAAAAAACCAAACCCUCUCUCUCUCUCUCUCUCUCUUCAAACUCAAAACACUCUAUUUUUUUCUCUCUCUCAAGUCUCAACGAACACUUCCAAUUUCCACUCUUUCACUUCAACAAAACCCUAAUUAACCAGAAACGCCAUGCCAUCCCUAGCCUACCCAGGCAAAAUCCAGCGCUUAGAGCUCGAGAAUUUCAAGUCCUACAAGGGCUUCCAAACCAUCGGUCCUUUCUACGAUUUCACCGCCAUUAUCGGCCCCAAUGGCUCCGGCAAAUCCAACCUCAUGGACGCCAUAAGCUUCGUCCUCGGCGUUCGCUCCGGCCAACUCCGUGGCGCUCAACUCAAAGACCUCAUCUACGCCUUUGACGACAAGGAGAAGGAGCAGAAAGGCCGCCGUGCCUUCGUUCGCUUAGUCUACCAGCUCGCUAACUCCUCCGAGCUCCAGUUCACUCGCACCAUCACCAGCUCCGGCGGUAGUGAGUACCGGAUCGACGGCACCACCGUUACCUGGGACGUCUACAAUGCCAAGCUUCGGGAUCUUGGAAUUCUAGUCAAGGCCCGGAAUUUCCUCGUCUUUCAGGGUGAUGUGGAGUCCAUUGCGUCCAAAAAUCCCAAAGAACUUACUGCACUUAUUGAGCAGAUAUCUGGGUCUGAUGAACUCAAGAGAGAGUAUGAGAAAUGUGAAGAAGAAAAAGCUGGAGCUGAAGAACAAUCAGCACUUGCUUAUCAGAAGAAAAGAACAAUAGUGAUGGAGAGGAAGCAAAAGAAAGAACAAAAAGAAGAAGCAGAGAAACAUCUACGCUUGCAAGAGCAAUUGAAAUCUUUGAAGAAAGAGCACUUCUUAUGGCAAUUAUUCAACAUAGAAAAUGACAUUGCAAAGACGACCACGGAGCUUGAAGCUGAAAUGAAAAGCCGUGAAGAUGUUAUAAAAGAUCUAGAGAAGUUUGAACGUGAAGCAGGUAAAAAGAAGAAAGAACAAUCCAAAUAUUCUAAAGAGAUUACACACUUGGAAAAGAAGAUUGCUGAAAGAAGUAAUAAACUUGACAAGAAUCAACCCGAGCUUCUAAAGUUGAAGGAGGAAAUGUCCCGCAUAAAUUCAAAAACCAAGAAACUCCAGAAGGAGCUUGAUAGAAAAAGAGAAGAAAAAAGGAAACAUGUUCGUGAUAUAGAAGAACUGAAGAAUGGCAUACAGGAACUUACUGCAAAACUAGAAGAUUUACAAGUAAAAGGUUGUGAUGGUGGGGAAAAACUUAAGUUAGAUGACAAUGAAUUAAGGGAAUAUUUCCGAAUUAAGGAAGAUGCCGGGACGAAAACUGGAAGGCUAAGAGAUGAGAAAGAAGUUAUGGAUAGACAACAGCAUGCUGAUAUUGAAGCUCAAAAGAAUCUGGAAGAAAAUCUUCAACAGCUACAAAAUCGAGAACGUGAGCUGGAUUCGCAGCAUGAACAGAUGCGAACAAGACUGAAAAGAAUUUCUGAUACAUCUGCAAAACAUAAGGCUGAACUUGAAGAUCUGAAGAAUCAACUGCGUGCAAUGCAAGAGAAGCAUCGAACUGACAGAUCUAGAUAUGAAAAUUUGAGGAAGCUACUUAAUGAAACAGAAGACCAGCUACGUGAUAUAAGGGCUGAUAGAUAUGAAAAUGAGAGGGAUGCCCGGUUGUCUCAAGCAGUUGAGACUCUCAAACGCCUGUUUCAAGGAGUCCAUGGUCGCAUGACAGAUCUUUGUAGGCCAACACAGAAAAAAUAUAAUCUUGCUGUUACUGUUGCUAUGGGUAGAUUUAUGGAUGCAGUAGUAGUUGAGGAUGAAAAUACGGGAAAAGAAUGCAUUAAGUAUUUGAAAGAACAAAGGCUUCCUCCUCAGACAUUUAUACCUCUUCAGUCAAUUCGUGUGAAGCCAAUCAUUGAGAGAUUGCGGGCCUUAGGUGGUACUGCAAAGCUGGUCUUUGAUGUAAUCCAGUUUGAUCCUGUCUUGGAGAAGGCAAUUCUUUUUGCUGUUGGAAAUACUCUUGUUUGUGAUGAACUUUCUGAGGCUAAGGUACUAAGCUGGACUGGUGAGAGGUUUAAAGUUGUAACUGUUGAUGGAAUUCUGCUCACAAAAUCUGGCACCAUGACUGGCGGUACAAGUGGUGGAAUGGAAGCAAGGUCAAAACAAUGGGAUGAUAAAAAGAUUGAAGAAUGGCAGAAAAGGAAGGAACGGUUGGAGUUGGAGUUGGAAGAGCUUGGAUCAAUUAGAGAGAUGCAGGUAAAAGAGUCAGAAGCAUCUGGGAAAAUUAGUGGACUCGAAAAGAAGAUUCAGUAUGCGGAAAUUGAGAAGCGAAGCAUUGAGGACAAACUUGAAAAUUUGCGGCAGGAGAAGAAAAAUAUUGAACAAGAAAUCAAUCGCAUAAGCCCUGAACUGCAGAAAUUAAAUAGUGAUGUUGACAGAAGGAGAAUUGAAAUUACUAGGCGGGAGAAGAAGAUCAAUGAAAUUGUUGAUCGUAUCUACAAAGAAUUUAGUAAAUCUGUUGGGGUGGCAAACAUACGUGAAUAUGAAGAAAACCAACUAAAGGCCGCGCAAGAUAUGGCUGAAGAAAGGCUUAGCUUGAGUAGCCAGCUGUCGAAGUUGAAAUACCAGUUGGAGUAUGAGCAAAACCGGGACAUGGAAUCACGAAUUAAGGAGCUAGAAUCUUCUAUUAGUGCUUUAAAAACUGAUUUAGUACAGAUUAAGGUUGGAGAGGAUAAAGCCAAGUCAACUGCAGAGGAAGCUAAUGCUGAGAUAAUCCGAUAUAAGGGAGAAGUAAAAGAUUGGAAAACUAAGUUGGAGGAGUGCGAGAAGGAGAUGCAAGAAUGGAAAAAUCAGACUUCUAAAGCUACAACAAGCAUUUCCAAAAUUAACCGUCAGAUAUCUUCUAAAGAGACACAAAUAGAACAGCUGAAGUCACGGAUGCAGGAAAUAGUAGAUAUGUGUGAAUUAGAACAUAUAAGCCUUCCCAGAUCGGACCCAAUGGAGACAGAGUCCUCAACAGCAGGCCCAGUUUUUGAUUUUAGUCAGCUAAAUAGAUCUCUUCUGCAGGACAGGAGACCUGCUGAACGAGAGAAGCUUGAAGCAGACUUCAAGCAAAAAAUGGAUGCCCUAAUAUCAGAAAUUGAAAGAACUGCUCCAAAUUUGAGGGCUCUAGACCAGUAUGAGGCUCUGAAAGAAAAGGAAAGAGCUGUAAUUGAAGAGUUUGAAGCAGCCCGAAAAGAAGAGAAGGACAAAACUGAUAAGUUCAACUCUGUUAAGGAGGAGAGGUACAGAUUGUUUAUGGAUGCUUUCAACCACAUUUCUAACAAUAUUGAUAAGAUUUACAAACAAUUGACAAAGAGCAACACACACCCUUUGGGUGGGACAGCGUAUUUAAACUUAGAAAAUGAAGAUGAUCCAUUUUUACAUGGCAUCAAGUACACUGCUAUGCCCCCAACAAAGCGCUUCCGUGAUAUGGAACAGCUGUCUGGUGGGGAGAAGACUGUCGCAGCACUUGCAUUGCUCUUUUCCAUCCACAGUUAUAGGCCUUCACCAUUUUUCAUAUUGGACGAAGUUGAUGCUGCAUUGGAUAACUUAAAUGUGGCUAAGGUUGCUGGAUUCAUUCGUUCAAAAUCAUGCGAAGGGGCCAGGGGUAAUCAAGAUGCUGAGGGAGGCAAUGGAUUUCAAAGUAUUGUGAUAUCAUUGAAAGAUAGCUUUUAUGACAAGGCUGAGGCUUUGGUUGGGGUUUUCAGGGAUGCCGAGAGAAGCUGCUCAAGAACCUUGACAUUUGACUUGACAAAGUACCGCGAAUCAUGAAAGCACUUGGAGCUGCAGCUGGUGAAUUGCUUGUUCUGUAAAUAUCUCGGUUACAUUUAUUCCUAAAAUUACUGUAAAUAUGACUAAUUUGCAUUGCAGUUGGUGUUCUGUUCUUAUUAGGCAUCUAAAGAUCACUGGUUUAUCUGAUUUUAUUGAUGUCUGUCCAGCAAUGUGUAUGGUAAUGUCACCAGCCAAUCAAAUUGCUCUUAUUUUGAAACAUAUUGGAUAA